AAAAUAACACUCCAAAAUGCUAACCCUAUCCCAUAUAAUGCUAACACUCUAAAAAUUUGGGCUUUUUAAUCAUUGAAUUGCUUUUCUUGAUAUCAUUAGAUUAUUGCCAACUCACCAUGCAUGAAGCCUACCAUUUAUUUUCGAGUAUGAUCCAACAAUGAUCGGAUCAUUGUAAUGAUAUAAUCAUCCUUCUCUCUUGUAAUUUUUUAUUAUAUUUUUCUCCAUCUCUCCUCGUGAUCUAGUCUGUAGAUCAUCUAAUGGGCUUAUUCUAAUGAUUUUAGGCUAAUUUAGUCAUUAUAUUUAAUUAUUAUGUGGGUGAAGAUUUCUUCUGAUUCUCUUCCAGAAAAGAACUCCUCUUUUCUGUAGGAAUACUUUUUGAAGCAGAACUGAUAUAUUGCAGUCUGAAAACAAAGAAAUAAUACUGGGGAAAAAUGGCAGAAGCAAAAGUCAUCCUCAAAUACAUUGCUUAUGCCAUCUUUUUCCUCCCUAUCUUUCUUUUUCUCUUUCUGCUUGGAUUUAUCAAGUGUGCUAUAUUUAGCCCAUUUGUGUUUCUAGUGAUAGCUUUUGGAGACACUGGUGUUGUUAUUGGGUUAUGGCCUUGCCAUCUUUUUUACAGUAUUUAUUGCAUAAUCAGGACCAAGAAAUUUGGGCCAUAUAUGAAGUGUUUGUUGAUUCUGCUAUCUCCCAUACCAAUUGCAGUAUGGACAGUGGUUGGUGUGGUGGGAAGUGUGAUAAUGGCAAUUUAUUAUGCUUUCAUUUGGCCUGUUAUGGAAACUUUUAAGGCAAUCAGUAAGGAAGGAUUAUCAGUUCCUCAGAAGUUGUUCAAAUGCUUAACGGAUGGCACUUGGAGUAAUGUAUGGGGAGCAUGUACUAUUGUGCGUGAUUUUGCAGAUUUUUCCUUCCAUUCUUACUUCUCCGUCAUGGAUGGAUUGCUCGAAUCGGAUGGAGAGAAACCCAUUGAGCUCAAGGUUCUGCAAAUUCCAGGAUGUGUAUUAUGUGCUGCUCUUGGAAUUUUGGUGGAUGUGUUAUUUAUUCCUUUAAUAACACUUUACAAAUCCCCAAUUUUACUGUUUAAAGGAUGGCAUCGGCUGUUUCAAGAUCUUGUGGGGAGAGAAGGGCCCUUCCUUGAAACUGUUUGUGUCCCCUUUGCUGGGUUUUUAAUUCUCUUGUGGCCAAUCGCUGUCCUUGUAGCUAUCGUCUGUGGCAUUCUUUCAAGCAUUGGAUUUGGGUGCUAUGCUGCUCUUGUUACAUAUCAGGAAGAGUCUACUGGAAAUGGAUUGCUAUAUGUCAUUGCAUCAGUGUCCAUUUUUGAUGAGUACACUAACGACCUUCUUUAUUUGAGAGAAGGCUCUUGCUUUCCAAGACCUAAAUAUCGACAAGGUACAAGUUCCAGUUUUUCUUUGCUUCCUGUGAAAGGACUGCAUGAACAACUCGGCGGUGUGUACAGUAAGGAGCCUCUUCUGAGGACACCUUCGGAAAAGAAGAGAGCACUGAAUGCCAUGGUGAUAUGGGACAAUUUCUUCAAAGGAUGUGAGAAUGUUGGAAAAGAGCUUCUCAGAAAGGGAGCUAUCACAAGAGAUGAUCUUGAUGCGUGGCAACAGUCAAAGAACAACGAGAUAAUCAAUGUAGGGAUUCCUGCUUAUGUAUUGAUGGAUUGCUUCCUCCGCUCUAUUAAGAGUGGAUCAACAGGAUUUCUUUUGGGUAACAAUAUUGACUUGACAAGUCUGAAUAGGCCCGAGGGAAGGGUUUUUGAUUGGUUGUUUGAGCCGAUGAGCAUCAUGAAAGAGCAGCUUAGAAGCCUGAAAUUGGUGGAGUCUGAAGAGUUGUAUCUCUACAAACUGUGUCUUUACAGUGGAGAUACAACAAGGAUGGGAGCUUGGGACAACGGUGGUUCACCCCCACAUGAAGAAAUCAGGAGAGCUCAAUUGGAGGGUAUUACUAGAAGGCUGCAUGGAUUCUGUUUGACAAUCUCGAGACUGCCAACAUCUCGGCGUAGAUUUACUAAAGUUGAUAAGGAGAUUGCACAAGAAUCAAGUAGAGGGUCGUAUUCUUUUGGAUCAGCCGAAGUAUGAGAUCAUUUUGGCAUCAACAUAUUCUAACUUUCGAGACUUGAACGGGUUAAUCAUCUUACCACACAUUAUUUUUCAUCAUUUAGCAUUUGCUUGCUUGUAUUACACUGUAAACUGUAAUAUUAGGGAACUGAGGAUCACAUAGUUAAUUUGUACUACAGAAAAUCUCUUGGGUUCUCGUAUCAGUGCUCAAUAUAGAAACAAUCCCACGUAGCCAUUUUUCUCCCUUACA